CCCUCCCACAUCUUCAGCUCUGCUCCUCGGGUUGCUUCUCAUGUGGUUUUUCCCCCUGCAUUAGCUUUUUGCUUUCAUGGUGUUGAAUGCGUAUUAGUUACCCGAGGGCUGAUGGUUGAUGUUCCUGAUGGCGCAGGAGUGUGGAGUCCGAGUGCUGUGUCGUUUCAGACCCCUGAACGAGUCAGAAGUCAAGAGAGGAAGCAAAUACACCAUCAGGUUUCAGAGCAGUGACAAGGUGCUGGUCGGGGGCAAGCCUUAUGUGUUUGACCGGGUUUUUCCACCCAACACAACGCAAGAGCAGGUUUAUGAAUCGUGUGCUAAAGACACCAUAAAAGAUGUUCUGGGUGGCUACAAUGGAACCAUAUUCACCUACGGUCAAACAUCAUCAGGGAAAACACACACCAUGGAGGGGACGCUUCAUGACCCUCAGAUGAUGGGGAUCAUUCCUCGAAUCGUUCUUGAUAUAUUCGAUCAUAUUUACUCCAUGCAGCAGAACCUUGAGUUCCAUAUCAAGGUUUCCUUCUUUGAAAUCUACCUGGAGAAAAUCAGGGAUUUGUUAGACGUGUCGAAGACCAACAUGGCGGUGCAUGAGAACAAAAACCGUGUUCCCUUUGUAAAGGGUUGUACCGAGCGUUUCGUCUCCAGUGCGGAGGAAAUGAUGGAGGUGAUUGAUGAAGGAAAAGCGAACAGACAUGUAGCAGUAACCAAUAUGAACGAGCACAGUUCCCGUAGCCACAGCAUCUUCCUUAUCAGUAUCAAACAGGAGCAUCUGGAUACAUCACAUAAACUGACAGGAAAACUCUACCUGGUCGAUCUUGCUGGCAGUGAAAAGGUCAGUAAAACAGGAGCCGCAGGCGCCGUGCUGGAUGAAGCAAAAAUGAUCAACAAGUCUCUAUCAGCUCUCGGCAAUGUGAUCUCUGCACUGGCAGAGGGGACUAAAACCCAUGUGCCAUACCGUGACAGUAAGAUGACUCGGAUCCUUCAGGAUUCUCUGGGUGGAAACUGCAGAACUACCAUCAUCAUCUGCUGCUCUCCGUCUGUCUUUAACGAGGCCGAGACGAGAUCCACGCUCCUCUUUGGACAAAGAGCAAAGCGCAUCCGAAACAAGGUGUGUGUGAACUUGGAGUUGACUGCAGAGGAGUGGAAGAAGAAAUAUGACAAAGAGAAACAGAAAGGAAUCAAUAUGAAAGAGCUCGUAGAGAAACUACAGACCGAGCUCAGUCAGUGGACAAGUGGUGUGUGUGUUCCUGUGAUUGAGCCGUCAAUUGAUGAACAGGAAGUGCUUACUGACCCCAUGCCGGUCAUCAGUGACUGCUUUGCUUCUGAAACGCCGGCACUCGAGAACGGUCAGUGCGAGGAGAGCAUCAACGACCUGUACAAACUACUGGAUGAUAAGGAUGAAGAGAUUAAUGUACAGACGCAGCUGGUGGAGAAACUGAGGCUACAGAUGGAAGUGCAGGAAGAGUUUUUGGCGUCGUCGCAGAGGGACUGCGUUCGCAUUCAGGAGGAGCUGAGUUCUCUGCAGAGAGACGGUGUGGAGAUGACGACAGACGUGGGGGAGGUUCUGUCUGCGCUGGAGGAACUCGCUCUUAACUAUGACAAGAAGAGUGAAGCUGCCUCCAAGUCAACACACACCAACCACGUACUCGGGGAGCAGCUCGCCAUGAAGAACGAGAUGAUCGAAGCUGCUCAGAUUGAGAUAGAAGAGCUACAGGAGUUUAACGCUGUUCAGAAGAGGAUGACCAUGGACAUUCUUCGUGUGCUCCUGAGAGAUCUGAGCGACAUGGGAACUGACAUCUGUGUUCGUGAAAUCCUGACGGUGUGUGAAGUUGGCGUUUCUUUAGAUGAUGAGUUCUCAGUGGUUCAUCUUUUCCUGACCGAACUCAAGUCUAAAAUGAAGGUUAUCGUCAAUCACACCAAACAGUUAGAGUCCACCCAUGAGCACGGUUUAUUUAAAAUCCUCACCGGCGAGAGAGAGCUGGCAUCCAGUCACUUACUCAUCUCUCAGUACCAGGUGAAGAUCAAGUCUUUGACCGAAAGUUUGCAAAACGCUGAGGAGAUGAGGAGAGCCCUGGAGAUCACUCGGCGCUCACUUGCCGAAGAUUUAACCAAAAUUCACACACAUGAAAGCAACCUGGAUUUGUGUGAACUUCAGAAGCAGGAAGAGCUUCUAAAGAAAAAACAAUCACAGCAGAUACAGGGUGUUGGAAUUGAGGGUCACAAAGAGACAAAGAUGUUGAUUGAACUGCGUGAGGAUUUCAACAACAAGCAGAUGAUGUUGGAUGAACUGAAGGAGAUUAAUGAGAAUUUGGUGCUGGAGAAGAAAAGACUGCAGUGUGAAUAUGAAACCCUGAGGAGACAAGAGCAGGAGAAAGAAAUCGAGCUACAGAAACUGAUCAUGUAUAAUGAGAACAUGAAGCACCAUGGGGGUGAGCUGAGAGACUUCGAAGAGACACUGGCCGGACAACUUCAGUCUUUACAUCAUUUGCGGAAAAUGUUUGUGCAGAAUCUGACCAUGAAAAUGAGCUGUGAGCUGUACUGCGAGGAUGGAGGAAGCCAUGCGUUACAUAAACAUAAGAGUUCUUUCCUGAAGAACAAUCUCGAACAGCUCACCAAAGUCCAUAAGCAGCUGCUACGGGAGAACGCAGAUCUGCGCUGUGAGCUGCCCAAACUGGAGAGGCGUUUUCGUGCGAUGAUGGAGAGGGUGAAGGCUCUCGAAUGCGCUCUCAGAGAGACCAAACGGAGCGCAUCACAAGAGCGCAGACUCUACCAGCAGGCGGUGGAACGCAUCAAAGAUACAAUACGAGCUAAGAACAUGGUCUGUUGCGGACACUCGACUCUCAUUGAAAAGCCUAUUCGAUCUGACCACCAUCACACCUUCUCUGUAACCACUGCAAGUGGAGGACCAACAAUCUAUAUCCAUCACCAUGUGUAAUUUUUCUUUGCCACUGUGUGUGUUUACGUGUGUCUGUGUGCGUCCAAAUGACUGAACUCACCGAGGGUUUGUGGAACAUUUCUAUAGAGACUUCUUCCUCUGGUUUCACUCGUUUCUUCACAGCAUUGUAUCUAUAAUAUUGUGCAGUAAAAAAAAUAAAAUAUAUUUUUUUCGGAA